ACAAAUCAUUUGCCAAUCUAGCAUAUCAACAAACAAAUUUUCAAAUCCAUUUGCUAGGCAACCACUUCAAAAAAAAAAGAAAAAAAAAGAAAACAAAAAACAUUAACAUCAUGUUCAAGCUUUUGUUGGUAUUGUCUGUGUUGGCCUUUGCGGUUGCUGCUCCCGGCGUCGUGGUGGCUCCAGUGGCAGCCCAUCCUGUUGUCGGCCACCAUGCCCCUGUAAUCCAUCAUCAUGGAGCCCACGCUGUUCACUCACACGUUAUUCACCAUCCUGCACCUGUAAAGGCUGUAGUUGCCCAUCCUGUUGUGGUUGCCAAACCCGUCGUACCUGUCGUUAAGCCUGUGGUGCCUCUUGUGCCUGUACACCAUGCCCAUCCAGCAGUGGUAGCCCAUCACUAGGUCAAGGCGAGCCUAAGCCCACCCCGAUAUCCGAUUUCCGCUUCCUGUUUCCAUUCAUACCCAUAAGAAAACCUCCCUCUCAAAAAAAAAAAGAACAACAAAAAUAUUUCAAUCUCUCCAAUAAAGUACCAUCGAUUGAAAAAGAAGAAAAGUG